ACUUACGCACAACAAAGCCGCCACAAGUCACACUUCCAAGGAUAAUCCCGAGCUACAAAUUGAAUAAGCAAGCCGUUGACACCGCCGCUUCCCAAACUACGCUCGGUUGACACCAAACAUUCGUGAUUGCACUGAUUAACAAAAUAAAUAUUACGCCAAACGCCGACUACACACGACCAGCCCACUGCCGCACUAAUCUCAACCCAAUUACAACAAAAACAAGGUCAAAAUUACCCUAAUGAAGGGACUGGCAGCUGUGGGUGGCCGAGCGUCAAAAUCUUAUGGGCAAAUACAAAACCGUUACUGCUUUCUUAACCCUAAGACGGCUUCGUCGGUGACGCCUCCGGUUACCCCGUAAUUUGCUUCUUCCGACAGUUUUCUUCAUCUAAAUUGCCUGUCAACAUGUACACCACCAUCGCAAAUAUCAUAAUCAUAUUGGCUGCGCUGGGCUGCUCGCUCGGGAGUGGAUCACGAAGUAAACGAUAUCUUCUGACGCCGGUCAACACGCAAUGGGGAGUGUUCGCGACAGUCUCCAUCCCUCUCCCUGACAGCACCACCUCGGUUGCGUGGUUCUAUGAGGCCAACUACUACUCCGUGGCCAACGCCACCUACUUCGAGCCUCUGCUUGGUGACGUCAUUAUAUCAAGAGAUCGAACAAAACGCAGCAACGAGCAUCAGCAGUUGUUGACCAGGAAAUUACUCUAUAUCUUCAUAGAGUCUAUGUUGGAACGGCAUGGCUUCUCCGGGCGCGCCUGCCUACUGCGUGCAAUCUGCGAAAGUUCCACCCGUCAUCUUCUGCACAACGGGGUCGUCGGCGACCUUCUACACCUUGUACUCACGCCUUCCACUUCGGAACCGGAAGAAGACAUAGAAGAUUGUUUCUAUGAAGCAGAAUAUUGGGGAGAGCUUGAACUCUGUGACUACUACUUAGAGGAUUGCCCCAUUAGUCCACUGGAACUUAUAUCUAUCCAUGUGGAAGAUGAUAUAAACAAACUAUAA